GGGAUAUCACGCAUAGAGUACCGGGGGGACGACGACCCUGAUGUCGCCAAGUACAUGCACAACCGAGAGGAACACGUGCUCAAGGUGCGGAUGCACACAGCGGUGGCGGAAGUGGAGAAGCUGCUGCUAGCAGAGCAGAGGAAGUGUCUUGAAGCCCUCAACCGCCUGGCGCGGUGUCCUCGGCCCUCGUGUCUUCGAACAAGAUGGUGUCCUCCCACCAGCUGCGCAUGAUCCAGGAGCAGCGGGAGAGGGCCCGGCAGCAGGAAGCGGCAGCACGGGGGUUCGGGGGAGAGCCCAUGGGCGGCAGGGAGAUGGCGGGGCAGAUGUGGGCCCUGGCAGCCACGCUGCGGGAGCAGGGCAUGCAGAGGGCGCUGACCAUCAUGCGGCGCACUGUGGGAGUGGGGGGGGGGAAGGCGGCCAAGGGGAAGCAGGGCGGUGCUUCGUCCUCCGCUUCUGCUCCCAUGUCCGCCUCUGCUGCUGCCGUCUCGCCCAAGCUGGUGGAGCUGGAGAAGCUGCUGCUGCAACACUUUGGUAGUGCUCAGCAGUGCAGCGCAGCUGACACCAGAGCAAUCAUUUUCUCCACCUUCAGAGACAGUGUGCAGGAGAUCGUGGAGUGUCUAUCCCAGCACGAGCCGAUGCUGAGAGUGAAGCAGUUCAUUGGGCAGAGCGCAGGGGUGGACGCGCCCCAGAGGAAACGGCCCAAGGCGUCCCAAGGGGUGAUUGCCAGGGGGCUCCCAAGAAUUGAAGAAGGGCGAGGAGGAGGGGUAGGGGGAGGGAGAAGGGGAGGAAGUGGCGGAGGAAGAGGGGGAGGAAGAGGAGGAGGAGGAGGGGGGGGACGAGGUGUGGGAAGAGGGGGAGGGCGAGGGAGAGGGGGCUUCAAGGCAGGGACGUACAACGUGCUCGUAUCCACAACCAUUGGGGAGGAGGGGCUGGACAUAUCGCAGGUCGACCUGGUGGUGUGCUUCGACGCCGUCUCUGUGCUGCGCAUGACUCAGCGAAUGGGGCGCACUGGUCGCAGCCGAGAUGGCAAAGUGGAUAUCCUCCUCACCGCUCUUCCCCGCUCCACCACUCCUCACCUUGCCUCACUACUCUUCAACCCUGCCGCACCACUCCUCACCAGCACCACACCCAUGCCUCACGACCGUCUUACCAGUAACCUUUGUUAUAUGCUCGUUCCGCUUGCUCUGUGCCUCGCACCGCUCUCGUCCACAACGCUUUAUUAUUCGCACCCCGACCCCCAUCGCAAGCGCCUGUCUGCCACCGAGGGGUGGGAGAUCGAGAGGUUCAACGCCAAGCGCAAGGCCAAUCGGGCUCUUUCCAGGAACCUUCGCAACGCGCACACGUCAGGGGUGCUGCGCUUUCAUGAGAGCCUGCGGAUGCUACCGCAUCGCAUCCCCAAGCCCACUGUCACCAUCGUCAACAUCCAACCGCCUGCCUUCAGCCCGCCUCACUCCAAACGGCGCCGCCCCGCCUCCUCCCCGUCCUCCCUCGCACCCUCUGCCAAGAAAGGCCGCGGAAAAAGGGCAAGUGUGGGCGGUUCAGCAGCAGCAUCCCCCCUUCCGGUGACCCAACUGCUGACUCCUGAAACAAACGCUCUGUUGAGAUACCCCUCCCUGCUGAAGUUCCUCCCGCCGGCUACCAGCCAGCUAGCUGGCAGGUGGAAGCCUAGUCUUACAGGUUUCUUGUCGGCGCAGACGCAGGGAACGAGGACGUGCCAGGUGGCGCAUUCGGAUAGGUCGGAACGGAUGCUGGUGGGCGCACUGAGGAUACUGCAAGGGGCAGUUGGGGAUGUAGCGGCGACAGGAAGGGACGUAAGAAGUGGACCGGAGCAGAGAUUGGGUGUGGGCUUGAGUGUGGGCCUGAGUGUGGGCCUGAGUGUGGGCCUGAGUGUGGGCUUGAGUGUGGGCCGUGGGAGGAUAUCAGAUGUGGAGCAGAGAUUCGCUACUGGACCGACGUUGCAUGUGGGAGGGCGAUCGGAUGUGGGAGGGCGAUCUGAUGUCGUGGAGGAGGAUGCUCCUGAGAUCGAAGGUGGUGGGCUGAGCGACAGGAACAGGGGCAGGGGAGUGCGAGAGGGAAAGCUGGGGAGCAAGGAAGGGUCAGAGGGUCAUGAGGUGGUGGGUGUUGAGAUGGUUGGUGAUGAGAGAGAGGAGGAUGGGUUUGUGGGGCUGAAUGAUUACGAAGAGCCAACCAUAUGGCGGUAUGUUGGGGGGGAGGAGGGAGGUGGCGCCAUGGGAGAAGGCCAGAUAGCACGGGGUGAGCCGGAGGGUCAUAAGGCCGAGGAGAGGGGAGCAGAUGGAUGCGAUGGGGAUGGGUAUGAGACGGAGGAGGAUGGGUUUGUGGGGCUGGGUGAGUAUGAGGAGCCAACGAUAUGGCGGUAUGUUGGGGGAGAGGAGGGAGGUGGAGUGUUGGGAACAGAUGGCGUGGCUGGGAACAGCUGGGACGAGAGUGAGGAUCGGGGUGUUGUGGACCAGGGCGGGAUGGCCAGGAAGGUCUAUAGAGUGGGUGUGGGGAUGGGUAUGGCUGCACAGACGGAUGGAGGCAGGGAAGCUGACGCAAGUGGGGGCAUGCGAUGGAUGGAUACAAGGGAAAGGGGAGAGGAAGGAGGUGUCAGGGGGCCUGAACCUGGACCUUCCAGGCGAAAGAGCUGGUGCGCAGGAGGUGAUGGAGUUGUGGGUAAGGCGGCUCAAAGACAGAUGGGGAAGGGAGGAGGUGUCAGGGGGGAUGAAUUCGGAAUGCUCAGGCGAAAGAGUUGGUGCGCAGGAGGAGGAGGAGGAGGUGAUGCAUUGGAUCCAAUUUCUCUGUCGGAUGAGAGUGACGGGGUCGUGAACGGGAUGGUUGCGAGUCCGAGGGGCAGCGGUGUGAGAGAAGACUCAGUGCCACCUGCGCGUGCGGCAGCACCGGCUGCAGUACCAACGGCUACAGUGGCAGCAGCAACGGCAAGUGCAGCGGCAGCAGCAACGGCAAGAGCAGCGGCAGCAGCAAUGGCCACAGCAGCGGCAACACCAACGGCAACAGCAGCAGCAGCAGCAGCACCAACGGCAGCAGCAGCAGCAGCAACGGCAAGAGCAGCGGCAGCGGCAGCAGCAGACGAUGCGGAUGCACAGCAACAUCAGCUGCUGCCACGCGCUGGUGAUGCUGCAGUGUGUGGCAGAAUGCCGCAUACAGAAGGAGAGGGCCGGGGCGAUGCGUUGAGGAGAAGGGGAAGUCUUGAGCCAAACCAGAACAGUCAUGGUUCCUCUGCUGCAAGGAGAGUAGCGAGCAGUACCACCAGGCCUACUUGGGCUGUGAGGCCCUGCCGUCAGCAGUCAGAGCGACAGCAGCAGCAGCAGCUGUCAGGGCGACAGCAGCAGCAGCUGUCAGAGCGACAGCAUCAGCAGCAGCAGCAGCAGUCAAAGCGGCCAUCACAGCCAUCACCACAGCUGCAAGCAGCACCUGCCGAUGGUGAUGGUGAUGGUGAUGGGGAGAGGGUGCUGGGAAAGAGAGAGAGGAGGGGAGAUGUGGCGGGUAGGAGGAGGAGGCAGCGGAGAAGGCAGAUGGUGGUGAUGACACAGGAUGGGGGGGACGAUGAGGGUGGUGGUGGUGGUGAUGGUGAUGGUGAUGGUGGUGGUGGUGGCGACAAGGGUGUGAUAGUAACGAAGGGUGCACAGGAGGAGGUGCCCAGGUCCCCUGAUCCUCCAAGAACGAGAACCCUUAAGAGGCUCAGGAGAGGGCAGCAGGUGGGCGGCAGUGAUCGUGGUUGCAGAGAGAGAGAAGCUGGCAACAGCAGUGGCGAAGGGAGGUGCCUGGAAAGGGGGUAUGGCAGUGACAACGAGCUGAGAGACGGGAGAGGUGGAGGAGAGAGCAGAGGGGGAAAGGGGGGUGGGAGGGGGAGAGGCAAGGGGAUGGCUCGAAGGGUGCUGGACUUCAUUGACGAGGAGGCCGAGGAGUCUGAUCGAGAUGCCACACAGGAAGGCCUGGAGGAUGCUGACGUGGCAUGGACGGAUGAUGACAUGGCGGAUUUCAUAGUCAGCAGGGGGGAGGAGGGGGAGGAGGGAGGUGGGGAGGGUAGAGUGGGGAGGCGGGGAGCAUCAGGCAGGGCGGGCAUGGUCACAGAGAGCAGCAUGCAGCACAUUUACCGCGCCUCUCUGUUGAGCCAGCUUCCAGUGGACCACCGCACCCCACCACGGCGUCAAAGGCACAAGAAUUCAAGGCCGGCGAACCAGCUACUCUCGUCCGCAUCCCCAGUCUCUCCGACCUCCCCCCCAAGCGCCCCCAGCACCUCUUCCCCCCACUCCCCCAACAUGUCGUCCCACCCCACUCCUAGUCCCUCGUCCCCUCGUCGCUCCCUCCUGCCACAGUUCGCUUCCUCUCCGCUUGGUCUCGCCGCCCGCAAUGCCAACAAGAUGCGAUUCCUGCCGCCCAGACGAGAUUCUGCGCCGCCCAUCUCACGCUCUGUGCCAUUUGCAGCGCAUUCGAUGCCAACCAGAGUGCAUCCUGUGCCACCCAGCUCACGGUCUGUGCCUAGAACGCAUGCUACGCAGGCAGGUACUCAUUCUCUGCCGCCCAGUCCGCACUCUGUGCCGCCCAGGAGGCACGGAAUGGGUGCUAGGGAGAGGAUGAAGGCCGGCAGUGGGUGGGCAGAGGGCAGGAGCGGCCAUGGCAUGGAGCAUUCCCAUCCCCAUGCAUGUGACAGUAACCAGGGUGAAUACAGAUGUGAUAAUAAGGAGGGCGAGCGUGCAUGUGACGUGGAUGGGGACGACCUGUUCGAGGGGAUAGACCUGGACGCGCUGGAAGCCCAGGCGUGGGAGAGCAGAGGGAAAAGGGGAGGGGGAGGAGGUGGAUGGAGCCGUGGAGGAGGUAUGGGGAGUGGCGGAGCAGGUAUGGGGAGUGGCGGAGCAGGUGUGUGCGGGAGGGGAGGAGGCAGUGUGAGCAAUGGCAAUGGGAUAGGCAGAGCUGUGCCUGAAUGCGGGCCUAUUCCUUCAACCACUGGCCCUCCAGCAGCCCCACCUUUUUCUGUCCCCUCAGGCGUCCCCUCAGGCGUCCCCUCAGGUGUUCCCUCAGGUGUCCCCUCGCAAGGACACCAGGUGACUGGUGGUGGCUAUGGGGAUGUGGACGAGGUGUUUGGCGACAUUGAUCUGGACGCGCUGGAGGCAGAGGCGCUGAGGCAAAGCCAGUGCAGGAAGCAGGGAGUGGCUGGUGGUAGUGGAAUAAUGCCAGUAAUGGCUAGUGUGGCAGGCGUUGGAGCGGGAGAAGUGCAAGGCUCAUUGUCGCCCCAAUGGUGUGCAUGGUAACCGCUUCUUGGUGGCCCGUGGGAGUGUGGACGAGGUGUUUGGCGACAUUGAUGUGGUUGCGCUGGAGGCAGAGGCCUUGCCUGAGGCAAAGCCAGUUAAGGAAGCAGGGAGUGGCUGGUGCUAGAGUUGAAGCGGGGAAGGGAAUAAUGCCAGCAAGGGCUGGUUUAACACAACAGGUGUUGGAGAGGGGGAAGUGUGAGUUGUGUCGGAAAGUGUUGAGCAAGUCUCGUUGUCGCCCCAAUGGUGUGUGGUGCGGGGUAAUGACUGAGUAGAGGCUCUCAAGGGUGGCCUGCUUGAGUUAAGAUUUACGUACUUACGGUUUAUUCAUUCUUUAUGGCACCUGUAAUAUAGUUGAGCCGGAUCCAAUGGUGCUGUUUGA